AACCCUUAAUAAAUAAAUGUUCUUAAUUGCCAUUUUCCUCUUUUCUAAUGCAGUAAAAAAAGCCUAUAAUUAAGAAGUAUUAUCAAUUCUUUUUACUAACAAAAACCACUUCCAUUUAAAGCAACAAACCCUUUUCCAUUGCUAAUUAAUUGCUGCAGUAAUUGAAAGUAGAUUGAUUAUACAUGUCAAGAGCACCCUAAUCCUUUGACACAAAAAUCAUCACACGCACAAUCCUUUGCUAUUUCUUGCCAAAUAUGCAGAUAUGUCUUGCUUCAUUUCAGAUUUUGAGCGAGUCCAUAACGCCUGUUUUGCCAGCACAGAAACACGCGAGAAAGUUCCACCACUUUUUGUCUUUGCCUUAACCAUGGUUUUUUUUCACGUUAUACAGCUCUGUCUUUAUCUCUAAAAUUGCAUGCAAACUCAGACACAGUUACUCCUUGAACUACCUAUAUAAACCCCCCUUAUGUUACCUUUCAUGCACCGCUCCUCGCUAAGAUUCUCUCUCUCUCUCUCUCUCUCAAUUUCUCUUUGUUGUUCUUUUGUGGGGCUAGCUUCUUCUCUUCAGCAAUGACAGGCUUGGCAGCUCUUGAAGCUCUCACUGAGAAGCUGUACGACUUCAUUCAGUCCAUGGAAGAUGAUGUCUGUUUUUUUGUCUUCUUGGUACAUUUUUAUGUGUUUUUGACUGUCAUUAUGUUUAUCAAUUAUCUUCUUUGCUUGCAGGGAAUUGUGGACCAUCAUUUCAAAGAUUGUUACAACUUGAAGGAGGCCAAUGGACCCUUCCUGUUUAUUGAGCUUCUUCCUACUUACAUAUCUGAUUCUGAAACCACCUUAGAGGAGAUGACUACCGAAUUGGAUCAGCCUCUUGUGGACUUCAAACAUCUCGAACAACUAUGCAUCAAGCUUAAAGGAGGGACCUCAUGCCUUGGUGCAUGCCGGGUGGCGACUUCUUGUGGCGAAUUUCGUCAGGCUGCUAUUGCCAGAAACAAGGAUGACUGCCUCCUGAGGUUGGAGGUGAUCAAAGGUGAUUUUUUCAUUCUGCAUAAUAAAUUGGAGGCUUUCCUUGAGCUGGAAAGGAGGAUUGUGACCAAUGACUACCAAGGUUGCUGAAAAGCACAAUCUGGUGAUUUUUCUGUUCUGCUAUGCUCUGCGGACCGUGUUUCCGAGUUUUCAAUAAUGAAAGCUGAAACUUAGUUUGCAGUCUGUUUAGAACUGUCAGAUAUCAUUUCUAGUCCUGUUUGAACUUUCAGUUGUUGUUUGAUGUCAUGUAUGUUUCCCUGGAAUUAUUGUGGGCAUCUUUCUCUACCCUACGGGGGGAGUUCUGGAGCCACCAGUAAUUUGCAGCGAACCUCUAUGUUUCUCCUUCAUUUGCUGUUCUGAACAAAGAAAACGGGAAGAUUUAUUCUCUCCUCUAGUGGUUUUUA